CUGUGGGGUCUGAGGGAGGAGUGGGCUUGGAGCUUCCUGCCCCUGGAGUUUUGCAUCGCGGCGGCCAGGAGGUGACCCUUCCCUGCACUUGCAGAUGGACCCUCCGCGGACCUCCCUGUCUACCCGAGGCCGGCCUAGAGCAGUCUCGUCGCAAGCCCUUUUAAGAUGGCGAAGCAUGCUGGCUUCUGUGCAACUUCAGGCCCCAUACUGUUCUCAGACUUCCUCCUAAAUCAUACGGGUGCAUUUCUGUUUCCUUGGUUGCUCCUAAAGAUGGAUGUUGGUGCCUCCACUGUGAACGUCCAUUUUAACAAAGUCGCGGACGAGUUAAGAGUCCAGGGAAAAUUCUAAGAAGAAGUGGAAUUGGCUAUGGAUAAUUCAUAUGAUUUAAAUGAACAAAGCUCAUGGAAUGGAAUCUCAUCUGAGAAGAAAAAUAAUUUUCUUACAUCAGAAGAUCAUGGACAGAAAAUCUUAAGUGUGCUGCAGAGCUUUAGAGAGCAGAAUGUCUUUUAUGAUUUCAAAAUAAUCUUGAAAGAAGAAAUAAUCCCAUGUCAUCGUUGUGUGUUGGCAGCAUGCAGUGACUUUUUCAGGGCUAUGUUCGAAGUUAACAUGAAAGAAAGAGAUGAUGGAAGUGUUACCAUUACUAACUUAUCCUCCAACGCAGUAAAGGCAUUUCUUGACUAUGCCUAUUCCGGAAAAACAAAAAUAACGGAUGAUAACGUGGAAAUGUUCUUCCAGUUGUCAUCCUUUCUUCAGGAUUCCUUCCUGUCUAAAGCUUGCAGUGACUUUUUAAUAAAAAGCAUCAAUCUUGUCAAUUGUUUACAUUUGUUAUCUCUGUCAGACAGCUAUGGCUCUGCCCAUUUGUUCAAUCAUGCUUUAUAUUUUGUACAGCGUCACUUUCAUCUGUUGUUUAAAUCCAGCGAGUUUUUAGAGAUGAAUUUUGGAGUGCUGCAAAAGUGUCUGGAAUCAGAUGAGUUAAAUGUACCUGAAGAAGAAAUGGUCCUGAAGGUUGUCCUCACAUGGAUUAAAUAUAAUUUAGAGUCCAGGCAAAAGCACCUGCCACACUUGAUUACAAAAGUAAGAUUACAUCAAUUAUCUGAGGACACACUUCAAGACUGUCUUCUCAGUGAGGAGUAUUUACUCAAAAGCACAAACUGUUUUGAUACAAUCAUGGAUGCCAUUAAGUGUGUUCAAGGUUCUUGUGGCCUUUUCCCUGAUGCUCGGCCAUCCACAACUGAAAAAUAUAUAUUCAUCCAUAAAACAGAGGAAAAUGGAGAAAAUCAAUAUACAUUUUGCUAUAAUAUUAAGACUGACUCAUGGAAAAUAUUGCCACAAUCACAUCUGAUUGAUUUGCCAGGAUCUAGUCUCUCUAGCUAUGGAGAGAAAAUAUUCUUGACAGGUGGUUGCAAAGGGAAGUGCUGUAGAAAGAUUCGACUUCAUAUUGCUGAGUCUUACCAUGACGCCACUGACCAGACCUGGUGCUACUGUCCAAUUAAAAAUGAGUUUUUCUUGGUUUCAACCAUGAAAACCCCAAGAACCAUGCAUACAUCAGUCAUGGCUCUCAAUCGAUUAUUUGUAAUAGGUGGAAAAACUAGAGGAUCCCAGGACAUUAAAAGUCUCUUAGAUGUUGAAUCUUAUGACCCACUGUCCAAAGAGUGGACAUCAGUUAGCCCUUUACCCAGAGGCAUCUAUUACCCAGAAGCCAGUGCAUGCCAGAAUGUCAUUUAUGUUCUUGGAUCUGAGGUAGAGAUGGCAGAUGCUUUUAACCCAUCACUUGAUUGCUUUUUUAAAUACAAUGCUACAACUGACCAGUGGUCUGAACUAGUAGCAGAGUUUGGACAAUUUUUUCAUGCUACUCUAAUUAAAGCUGUCCCAGUAAAUUGUACACUGUACAUAUGUGAUCUUUCCACCUAUAAGGUAUAUAGUUUUUGUCCUGAUACUUGCGUUUGGAAAGGAGAAGGAUCUUUUGAGUGUGCAGGCUUUAAUGCAGGUGCAAUUGGGAUUGAGGAUAAGAUUUACAUAUUAGGUGGAGAUUAUGCACCAGAUGAGAUCACAGAUGAGGUGCAGGUCUACCACAGCAGCAGGUCAGAGUGGGAAGAGGUGUCACCGAUGCCAAGAGCCUUAACUGAAUUUUACUGCCAAUUCAUUCAGUUUAACAAAUACAGAGACCCAUGGUUUUCUAAUCAUUUCUAAAAGUAAUAUUUGCAUGAGUAGUCUAAAAUUAUGCCUAGUAGAGUUGGUAAAAAAUACAUUUUACCGAAGUUUUAUUGAAUAUAAUUUCAUUUUGAAUAGUCCAGAACCUUUAGUGUUUUCUUAUGUAAAUAGAAAUUACAGAUUCUGGCCCUUUGACUUUAA